GAACUUCCUAAGAAUAUAAAUGAAGAAUUCUGAUUGAAAGAUUCAUCACUUUAUCCAAUCACUUUUUGCAUUAAUUUUUAUUAAAAAUUGACACACAGAAAAAUUUUUUAAAUGACCAAUGAACAUCUCUACAUCCACCACAAAAAAAGUUGACUAAUUUUGUACGUUAUUUGAAAAUAUGCUGCCAACAUCAUGACUUUUCAAACUUAAAAAAACUUCUGCAUGCAUCUCCUAAGAAUUAGAACAUUAUCCGACGUAACUCAAUUAUCACUUCUAGAAAAAUCAAACACACCACAUUUAUCUAAUACCCAUUCCAUCUUCCUAUUUCCCCAAAUAGCCCCUCAAAUGUCUUUUAUAGGUUUUUUUUAAUGAAUCAGAAGCUAAUAAAGGAUCGCACUUUCCAUUCGAUUAUCUCUCUUGCCUUAAUCUAGAAGAGACCACUUUUUGUUUUAUUACAUUUGCUUUUUGAAAAGUCCAGACCAGGGCCAAAAUGCACAAACUAUGGCUUACAACCUCACACCCCUGCGUAGGGCCACAGUGGAAUGUGUGAAAGAUCAGUUUGGCUUCAUUAACUAUGAAGUAGGAGAUAGCAAGAAGCUCUUUUUCCAUGUGAAUGAAGUUGAGGAUGGCCUUGAGCUCCAGGCAGGAGAUGAGGUGGAGUUCUCAGUGACUCUUCAUCAGCGCACUGGCAAGUGCAACACCUGGAAUGUGUGGCGGGUCUGUGAGGGCCCCAAGGCUGUUGCAGCUCCUCGACCUGAGCGGUUGGUCAGUCCCUUGAAGAACAUCACCCUGGAUGAUGCCAGUGCUCCUCGCCUAAUGGUUCUUCAUCAGCCAAGGGGACCAGAUAACUCAAUGGGGUGUGGAGCAGAAAGAAAGAUCCGUCAAGCUGGUGUCAUUGACUAACCACAUCUACAAAGCACAUCAUUAAUCCACUAUGAUCAAGGUAGGGGGACUCUGGUGAAGGUUUCUGAAUAUCUCCCUCUUCAUUCCUCCCGAAAUCUGGAAUACUUAUUCUUUUGAGCUAUUACACCAGUUUUAACACCUUUCUCAUGUUGUGUUUAAAAAGUACAUUUAAGAAAACCAUUUUAAAAUAAAUUUAAAAAAAAAUUCCAGACCAGUUGUCCUGUACCAACUCUGGACUUGUCUAUUUCCAUAAUGUGUAAUUCAACUUGUUCCUCUACUCCUUGUAUUUCUUUAAAUAGGAAGAUAAGUCUAGACAAAAGAUUUAAUUAAAUUUGGGGUAAACAUUUUUGGCAGUACAUCAAGGAUGAUCACACAUGCUUCAUACUGCGUCCUAUCAAGAGCCACAUCAUGUUGGCUUAUUCCAGAAGUAGGGAAAUGCAGUUUGACAGCCAAAUCUCAUUGUAAAGGCGAUUCUUUUGCAAUAGGUAUCUGUGAUCUUCUGACACCUUGUAAACAAAGUUCCUUAAAAUUUUUUUCACCUAAUGGGUUU